UAAAUUAAAUUAAAUAAAAAAUUCGAAGGCUACAUUUUAUAUUGACAACAAUAUAGCAUUUAUAGCUGUACGAGUACUUAGAAAUCAAUAUAAUCACAGAUAUGGCUGAUCCACGCUUAAGGCAGCUAGUUAUAAAAACGGGUGUUGUCAAGCGCCUGGCAAAGGAGAAGACUGUUUAUGAGAAGGAAGUGAAAACAGAGUUUGCUCGUCUUGAUAAAUUCAAAACAGACGGCGCUGAUGAACAUGUACUACGCAAGCAAGAAGAGGUGAUACAGGAAUGUCAGAUGAUGUUACCAGACUCAAAGCGAAGGCUACAAAAGGAAUUUGAACUGUUGCAAAAAUUUCUGCAGGAUGAGCAGGAUCUCAAAGAAACAGAGGAAUACACAAAGGCAGCCGAGAUGUUAAGUGAGGCAGAAGCUAUUCUUAAAGCAUAGACCAUCAGCUGCUCCGAUGCCGCCAACCACAUUCUUCCCUGUAUUUGCUU